UAGCGAAGUUUAAAGUAAAGUAAAUAACACUUAAAUUAUGUCAGAUGUGUAUUCAGAGCGUACCCAACACUAAAUCUCUUAUAACUCUCGUGUUCAUUUAAACAACGUUCUUGAGAUAGCAGAGUCGUCAAUUAUUAGACACUAUACAUGUUGUCGUGGAAGAACAGAUCUAGAUCGUGAGACGCAUUUAGAUUGCUAUGUAAACCAGUAGAGUAAAUAGAAUUAUUAGCUUGGUGUGAAUAUGACAGGACUAUAAGUCUAAAUUUGCUAUAGAUGUUCACAAUAGAAUAAUGAUGUAUUUGAUUGUAACUGACACCCUGUUUCAUAGACUUUGAUGUCUUCAUUGUUUGUAGAUUUAUCUGGUUUGUGAAAUUCGGACGGACGUUUAGUAAUAAACAUUAUGUAGGCAAAGAUUAAUUUAAAAAAAAAUGAUAGCAUAGGCCUAUUUUUCUUCUAAUUGUUUUGUAGGCCAGGAAAUAUGGACGCACCUGAAGAUUUUAAUAGUAAUUUAUCAUCUACUUUUUACACUGUUUCAGUGUUUCAGUGCCGUAGACUUGGAAGACCCAUAACCUACAAAAUACAAAUGUACCAGUGGAAUGUAACGGAAAUAACUACCUAUGAUUUAUGACGGGCAAACAUGAACAGCUCCGUGAACAAGACAUUGGUUUUGAAACUAAUAAAAGUAUUUAGGCUACACAAUAAUAGGUGUGCGCCAAGGGAUCAAGCCUGAUUUCUAAUACAAUUUAAACUUGACAGCUUCAAAUGAGGAAACUUGAUUCAUAAUGGGCUGCUGUAACUCAAAGCCUGCAAUGGUCGCCCUAGAGGACUUAGACCUAGGGCCCUUGUACUUAGGGCCGAAGGCUCAGUACGAAUUUCUUAAUGUCGACGUGACGUUGUUAUAUCAAAAUUCUAUCAGCAACACACGUCUGCUCACGAGUGACGUAGAGGCCUACUACCCCCAGUUGUGUGAGCAGUAUAACAAAGGUUACAGAAUGUUAACAUUUUAUCACAUUCCUUGCCAGGGUCAACCCAGGGGAUUUUUCAAGCCUGGUGUCAUUACAACAUUUCAAGGCAUAUUUUGCCGGGGUCCCCAACAAGACAGCAAUCAGAGAUAUCAUCUGCGAGUGGAAAAGGCAAUCAUCAAAGUCAGUGUGGAAAGUUCUAGCCUUGGCUGUCGCUCGAUGAGAUCCUCCACCGUGUUUGAUACCAGCCAUAUUCAACAGAUGAUCGACAGCUAUGCCAGAGAUGGUGCCAGGCUGGUCUGUAUAGAGUUGACUGGUCAAGAGGAGCGUGUGACAUUGCAGGACAAUGAAUUUCCUUACAAAGGUGUUGAUGUUUUCUUUGAGUAUCCCAUUGACAGGGUCAUCGAAACCUACACCUACAAUACUGUCGUUGUUCCAAUAGUGGUCAUGUACAGUUUUGUGAAUUGCAUACCACACGCCGAUGUCAGCUGUGAUUGGCAGGGAAAUUUAGACAAACACUUGAAACAAGGAUUUCGUCUUGUGGAGAUUUUCAUGGACUCUUCAUAUACAUCAGAGGUUGACUGUUGCAGUAGCCGUACGUCAUACCACUCCAAAUGGUACUUUGAAAAGCCAACAUCAAAGAUGUAUGACUUGACACCUGUGUAUGAAGGAAAGGUUAUAAAGCAUUAUAUCAAGGUAACAGGGCCAACAUUGAGUGGAGUCAAGACCAAAACUGAAUGGGAGCCAGUCAUGGUGGCAAUGGGCAACAAUGGCUGGGAGUUGGCUUGUAUUCUAGAGACUGCAAAUGUGACUUUCACAAGUAUGUCCACAUUUUAUAUGCAAGUGCUCUUGUUUUUCCAGAGAAAAAUCUACAAAGCACAUUAAGUUCUAUAGAAAGUUUACAAUACUCGAAUUUACAAAGCACAUCAAGGUCUCUCGAAAGUUUACAUUGCUCGAAUUUACAAAGCUAAUCAAGGUCUCUAGAAAGUCCACAAUACUCAAGGGCACAGACGUGUAAAUCCGUAAAAUAUAAUUUCAAGACUGGCGUAACAGGCUAUGGAGAAGUCUCUUACAAGUUAUAUCUCAUUGUUGUUCUCGGAUUUACUGUUAUUUUAAAUUGCUUUUGUUUAGCGUAUCUGUUGCAUGUUCAGUAGGUUAUGGUCCAAUCUCUUUUGUGAACCGGUGUGUGUGUGUGUGUGGGGGGUAUAUGGAAGAAGGUAGCCAAGCGUUUUAUCAAACUCAAACACGCAUCCUAAAGUAGAGCUAGAUAAAAUUGUACCAAAAUAGAUCUAGAUAAAAGAGAUCUGCAUUAUAUUCGUUAAAAAAAAUAUUGUUCUAUGAACCAUAAUUUACAAAUUGAAAAACAAAACCUAAUAAAAUACUUAGGAAGCCACAAAGUUAAAGGCACGUUUCUUGUUCCAUAUGCUAGGACAAAUUCGUACAAGUGCUCCUUCUUCCCGGUUAAGCAUGGAAUGGGUUGUCUGAAUCAGCCAGGAAAACCAACUACUUAGCAGAGGGUUAAGUCACUGAUUAACAAGCAUGACUAGAUUGAAAUGUGUAAGACGUAACACUCUUCUCCCUUGAAGUCUGUAAUCUAUAGGAUAAGAAUAGAAAAAAAAAAGGAUACGGGCGAGUGGAGUCAAAGGGUAGGGGAUGGGGUCAUAAGGGGACAGGAGACUUGGUCACUACAUGGUCACAGAGUUGGCGCAAACAAAGGCUGAUACAUUAAACAAUACUUCCAAUAUUGUAUGCCUUGGCGUAUGUAUGAAAGAGAAUUUAUAUAAUCGUAUAGCUUCGCGCCUGUUGUCUAAUAAAUAUAUAUUUAUAAAUCACACUGACAAUUAAAAAGCUACUAUAGCAAGAUGAUAAUGCUUAACAAAACGUUAAAUGACUAGUCUAGUUUAAGUCUUGACUAUUACAUUUCGUAAUUCAUUUAGAUUCCCAUAAUUAUAACGAUGGCUUGAUUUGUUCUUUUAUUUAGGACGUUAUUACAUCUUAGUCCAAACCUCCCGUUAGCGUCGUCACCAGGGCCGGAUUUAAGAGUGGGUAAUAGAGGUUACAGCCCAGGGGACUCCACUCCUAAAAAUCUUUAAUUUAUAGUAUUUGUAUACAGCUUAUUUCUUUCAUCUCUUUAAAAAACAAUUGACUGCCAACCGAUAAUAAUUUUAAUUAAAAUAAAAAAGUAAAAACUCU